AUGGACCAUGGAGACCGAGGGAUGGGCGUCUCCCACCUUCGCUAUGAGGAGGAGGAGGAGGACCAUCAGUCCAUCUACAUAGGUGUCCCAGUGCCUCGGGGGUAUCGACGCAAACGCAGGCGAAGGCGCUCUGGUCGUGAGGCGGCCGACAUGGACAGGCACCGACAAUACAGCGACCACCGACCCCAAGAGCACAACCGCUACGGAGACGUAGAGGAAGGACUCCUGGAUUCACAUGAGCAGAGUCUCCAAGACAUCAGCCGCACAGUUUCUGUUGCGCUGGAACAUUUUGAUUGGCUGCAUCAACCUCUAUCGGCCACCAACCAUAAUGCUAGUAUAAUAUAAUUUCAUUCCAUAGUGUCUCCUGCGGCAGAGCGGCUACGUUACAUCCUAAAUGAAGAGGAUGACAUGCCCACGCCGACACUCUUCACUGAGAUGGACACUCUACAGCGAGAAGGAGGCGAGCUGGAGUGGAAGGAGUCGGCCAGGUGGGUAAAGUUUGAAGAGAAGGUUGAAGAGGGAGGAGAAAGGUGGAGUAAGCCACACGUGUCCACGCUGUCCCUGCAUAGUCUGUUUGAGCUCAGGACGUGUCUCCAGACGGGAACCGUGCUGCUGGACCUCGAAGGCUACUCACUACCGCAGAUAAUUGAUGACAUCAUUGAGCGACAGAUAGAGGAAGGCAUGAUAUCUCCUGAACUAAGAGAGAAAAUCAGUUUUGUCCUGCUGAGGAAACAUCGACACCAGACCAAGAAGCCAAUCCACCGCUCGCUAGCCGACAUUGGCAAGUCCAGCUCCUCCUCCAAUCGUAAUGUAGGGCCCCGAGGUGGUCCGGGGACAGGUCCAGGGCCAAUAGCUAACUUUAAUCGAUCCACAGAGGACCUCCGAAUGAAACAGCAGUCUGCCAACUAUGGUCGCCUGCGUCACGCCCAGAGUAGGAGUAUGAAUGAUAUUGCAGAUACUCCCAGCACAGACCAGCUAAAAAAUAAAUUCAUGAAGAAAAUACCCAGAGAUGCAGAGGCAUCUAACGUCUUGGUGGGAGAAGUGGAUUUUCUGACCAAACCCUUUGUAGCCUUUGUCCGCCUGGCCCAGGCUACAACACUAGGAGGUCUCACCGAGGUCCCUGUUCCCACCAGAUUCUUGUUUAUUCUCUUGGGACCGCAAGGAAAAGCCAAGUCAUAUAAUGAGAUCGGCCGAGCCAUAGCAACCCUAAUGGUGGAUGACCUCUUCAGUGAUGUAGCUUACAAGGCCAGAGAUCGCGAGGACCUCAUCGCAGGCAUUGAUGAGUUUCUGGAUGAGGUGAUUGUGCUGCCGCCGGGAGAAUGGGAUCCCAAAAUUCGCAUUGAGCCGCCCAAGAAAGUUCCCUCAGCUGACAAAAGGAAGUCAGUGUUUUCCUUGAACGAGCUGGGGCAGGUGAACGGUACAGCUGGAGGAGGAGGAGGCCAGGCUGAGGACGAGGAGAUGCCACCUCAACAUGAGCUUGGCGAGGAGCUGGCAUUCACUGGACGCUUCUGUGGUGGUCUAUACCUGGACAUAAAGCGGAAAUUGCCAUGGCUGCCGAGUGAUAUCUAUGAGGGUUUCCACAUUCAGUCCAUCUCCGCAGUGCUCUUCAUCUACUUGGGCUGCAUCACCAACGCCAUCACCUUUGGUGGUCUGCUGGGAGAUGCUACCGACAACUACCAGGGUGUGAUGGAGAGUUUCCUGGGAACAGCCCUGGCUGGCUCUGUCUUCUGUCUCUUCAGCGGUCAGCCCCUCAUUAUACUCAGCUCCACUGGACCCAUCCUCAUCUUUGAAAAGCUCCUGUUUGAAUUCAGCAAGAACAAUGGCAUAGAUUAUAUGGAGCUGCGUCUGUGGAUCGGCAUGCACUCCUGCCUGCAGUGUUUCAUCCUGGUAGCUACAGAUGCCAGUUACAUCAUUAAAUACAUGACACGCUUCACCGAGGAGGGCUUCUCCAGCCUCAUCUCCUUCAUCUUCAUCUCUGAUGCCAUCAAGAAGAUGGUGGGCUCCUUUAAAUAUUACCCCAUCAACACCGACUUUAAGCCUGACUACGUCACCACCUACAAGUGCGAAUGCCUGGCUCCAGACCUGAGUGAGUUCACCCCUUGGCUCGGGGAGAUGCAGGGGUUGAAUGUGACAGGUUUGGACUGGAGCCAGCUGAGCAAGAAGGAGUGUCUCAAGUACGGAGGCUCGCUGGUGGGAAAGACCUGCAAGUUCGUCCCUGAUCUGGCCCUCAUGUCCUUCAUCCUCUUCUUCGGCACCUAUUCCAUGACUGUCACCCUCAAGAAGUUCAAGUUCAGUCGCUACUUCCCCACCAAGUUGAGGAAACUCAUCAGUGACUUCUCUAUCUUCAUGUCCAUCAUGACGUUCGUGGGGCUUGAUAUGUUGUUGGGACUCAAAACCCCGAAGCUAAUCGUCCCCACAGAAUUUAAGCCAACUCGGCCGGGUCGUGGCUGGCUGGUGAUGCCAUUCGGGAAGAACCCGUGGUGGAUUUACGUGGCCAGCUCUGUCCCUGCGCUGCUCGUCACUAUCCUCAUCUUCAUGGACCAGCAGAUCAGUGCCGUCAUUGUUAACCGCAAGGAGAAUAAACUCAAGAAAGGCUGCGGAUACCACCUGGAUCUGUUCUGGGUGGGCGUCCUGAUGGCCGUCUGCUCCUUCAUGGGCCUGCCCUGGUACGUUGCUGCCACCGUCAUCUCCAUCGCUCACAUCGACUCUCUGAAGAUGGAGAGUGAGUCGAGCGCUCCCGGAGAGCAGCCUCAGUUCCUCGGGGUCAGAGAACAAAGAAUGACAGGAAUUUUGGUGUUUGCCCUCACUGGAGUCUCCAUCUUCCUCGCUCCAGUAUUAAAGUACAUCCCCAUGCCUGUGCUGUAUGGUGUCUUCCUCUACAUGGGCGUAGCUUCCCUCAGUGGAAUCCAGUUCUGGGACAGGAUUAAGUUGUACAUGAUGCCGUCGAAGCACCAGCCCGACUUCGCUUACCUCCGUCAUGUUCCUCUGAGGAAGGUUCACCUGUUCACACUGGUCCAGAUCGCAUGCCUGGCUGUGCUCUGGACCCUCAAAUCCACCUUCUUGGCCAUUAUCUUCCCUAUUAUGAUUCUGGGUCUGAUGGUCGUCAGAAAGAUGCUGGACUUGGUCUUCUCCCAGCACGACCUGGCCUGGGUAGACGACCUCCUUCCUGGGAAAGAGAAGAAGAAGAAGAAGGAUGCCAAGAAGGAAGAGAAGAGGGAGGUGGUGAUAGAGGCUGAGAGGAAGAGGCAGGUGUUUCUCGACUGCCACUUCAAUGACAUCGGUCAUCACCUGGGCCAAAAGAAGACUGUCCACAGGAUCCAGAGCAAGUACUACUGGCUGGGGAUCAUCAAGGACGUGGUGGACUGGAUAAAAGUAUGCGAGACCUGUCAGCACACAGAGAGGAAUAAAAACCUGGCAAGGACUGUUCGCCCUAUAAAAGUGGACGCACCUUGGGAUAUUGUUGGGAUUGACAUAACAGGACCUUUCCCAGAGACACAGCAAGGCAACACCAGUGUCACAGUCCUCAUUGAUUAUUUUAGUAAAUGGCCAGAAGCGUUUCCAGUACAGAAGAGAGAUGCUCUCUCUGUUGCGAAAUGUAUCUCCAAAUGCAUAUACAGGUUUGGCGCCCCUAAAACAAUAGUGUGUACACAGAAUGCUGACUUCUGUCAUGAGGUGACGAAGCUGCUGGGCGACAGGUGGAGCAUUGUGCAGAAGGUGUCUCCUCUGGAUCAACCUCAGCUCAACCCGCUCCACGACUGCACGAGUCCUCUACUGAAGGAAGCCAUUCUGCAGAUGGUCACGGAGAAGCAGGCGGAGUGGGACGACUUCCUGGACCCUGUGCUGUUCCUCUUCAGGACGUCCACCAACCCUACGACCAAGUUCAGCCCGUACUCCCUCAUGUUUAACAGGAAAGCUAAUUUACCAAACGAGACGACUUUGAGCCUGCUCAACUAUGACGACCAAGAGCAGGAUAUGUAUUCCACAAAGGAGAAGGCCUCGGCGUAUAUGACCGUAAUGCAGGAGCAGCAGAACUCUGUGAAGCAGCUGGUGAUGGCCAAUAUGAACGCUGCCUACAAACAAGAGAAGAAGAAGAAGAACACCAAGCGGAGAACACAUAACAUGCGCUCAAUGACUUUUAAAAUCGCAGAUCCUCUUUUCUGUGCCGGAGACUCGUCUCCCUCCCCGAAAAAACUGAAAGACGGUAUAUAUUUAUCUUUCCCUGUGGAGACGGUGCUGGCCACCGAGCAAAGCAGCUCAGAGGACAUGAAGACGGAGUUGGAAUAUCACUUAGCCGAGUCUGACGUCCACUGAGGACGACCGGGAAGAAAAUCGUAGA